AUCGUCGCCCUCGUUAAGCAGUUUAGUCCACUUCGUCAGGAGGGCAUCCGCGCGCCGGUCAUCUCCCUUAUGUGACAUCCAGCCCAGAGAUGGAGCGAAUUACGAAGAUGAUGUUGGUGACGUCAGUGCUUGUCUUCAGCUGUGGGCAGGCGACGUCGAAGUCAGACGGUCGCGCUGCGGAAGAGAAACUCCUGCGAGACAUCAAAGCAGGUCUGGAGAAGAUUGACGUCCAGCUGAUGCGUCUGUUGGACAUCAUUGCCCCGCCCACAACCACGCCCGCGGUCACGACAUCACAUCCAUUGACUUCAUCUACUACAACCACUGACUCUCCGGCUCAGACUACUGACUCGUCGGUCACAACAAAUGCUUCUGUUACAACUACCGAUUUUCCGGUUACAACCACAGACCCUUCGGCUGUAACAACAGAUCCUUCGGCUACAACCACAAACUCCUCUGAUAUAACCACAGACUCUUCGGUUACAACCACAAAUUCUUCAGCCACAACCACUGACUCUUCUAUUAUAACCACAGACCCUUCGAAUAUAACCACAGACCCUUCGGGCAUAACCACAGAUCCUUCAGGUAUAACUACAACCCCUUCGAAUAUAACCACAGACCCUUCGAGUAUAACCACAGAUCCUUCAGGUAUAACCACAACCCCUUCGAAUAUAACCACAGACCCUUCGAGUAUAACCACAGACCCUUCGACUAUAACCACAGACCCUUCAGGUAUAACCACAGACCCUUCAGGUAUAACCACAGACCCUUCGAGGAUAACCACAGAUCCUUCGGGUAUAACCACAGACCCUUCGAAUAUAACCACAGGUCCUUCGAGUAUAACCACAGACCCUUCGGGUAUAACCACAGACCCUUCGGGUAUAACCACAGACCCUUCGGGUAUAACCACAGACCCUUCGGGUAUAACCACAGACCCUUCGGGUAUAACCACAGACCCUUCAGGUAUAACCACAGACCCUUCGGGUAUAACCACAGACCCUUCAGGUAUAACCACAGACCCUUCAGGUAUAACCACAGACCCUUCAGGUAUAACCACAGACCCUUCGGGUAUAACCACAGACCCUUCAGGUAUAACCACAGACCCUUCAGGUAUAACCACAGAUCCUUCGGGUAUAACUACAGACCCUUCGGGUAUAACCACAGACCCUUCGGGUAUAACCACAGACCCUUCGGGUAUAACCACAGACCCUUCGGGUAUAACCACAGAUCCUUCGGGUAUAACCACAGACCCUUCGAAUAUAACCACAGGUCCUUCGAGUAUAACCACAGACCCUUCGGGUAUAACCACAGAUCCUUCGAAUAUAACCACAGGUCCUUCGAGUAUAACCACAGACCCUUCGGGUAUAACCACAGACCCUUCGAAUAUAACCACAGGUCCUUCGAGUAUAACCACUGACCCUUCGAGUAUAACCACAGAUCCUUCAGGUAUAACCACUAACCCUUCGACUAUAACCACAGACACUUCAGACACAACCACUGGCCCUUCGAAUAUAACCACAAACCCUUCUGCCACAACCACAGAUUCAAAUACAACCUCAGAUCCUUCACCAACUACAGGUCCUUCUGCAAACACAACCCCAGUUCCGUCAGACACAUCCUCCAAUACUUCCUCAGAAACACCACAGGAUUCCUCGACGCAAACACCAACCCCCACCAAGGGCACUUCCGGAGUCAAAGUUAGAGGCAAGAGGUCGAUUGAGGUCAGACGGGCGAUCAGGGAGGUCAGGUCAAGUCAGGAGGACGCUGUAAUAAAGACGAAGACGCCCCUACCUCCCCCUGCGAUUUGCAACGGCGAUGAUGACCUCUGCGCGCGGCUCCUCGGGGUCAUGGAGGGCGUCGGGAACGUCACCCGGGAGGUCAACCAAGGCCAGGAGACGGAGGAGACGCUGGAGGAGAUCACUGCCCUCGAGGAGGAACUGCGGCAGGUGGUGGACCAGGCGGAGAGCGACCCGACCUUCGUAGAGAAACUGGAGCGGGACGUCUUGGUCUCAGACGUUAAGCAACUUCAGCAGGGUCUCGGUGAUGCUCAGGGGACUUUGGCCGAGAAACUGAUAAGGUUGAAUAAAGUUAAUCCUCUACUCCUGAUAGUCCUGGGAUCUGUAGGAGGCGGGAUCCUUCUGGCACUCCUCGUGGUGGGUGUCUUCGCGAUCCACAAGCAGAAGAAACUGAGGGUGGAGGACGAGCACAGGAAGAUCAACGCCACCAGCAUCCCUGUCCAGAGCUUCAAGGAGGUGAACGGCUACGACAACCCGUCCUUCCAGCACGACUCCCCGACCUCCUCCUCCAACCUGAAAUCCUCCUCCAGCCUCCAGCAGUGUCCUCCGCCCAGCCUGAUCCCUCGUCCUCGAAGCAGCAUCGACUCCUACACCCAGCGAGAACCCCCUCGCUCCUCCUUCGACACCAGAAGCCUUCCAAACGACAGCCGUCCUUCAAGUGAUCCUCGAGGAACCUACGACUCGGGGUACAAGAGGACACCCAGCCCUUACUACAGCGUCCCUCGGCCUCUUGGGGAAACUCGACGCGGCCUCCCCGACGACUCCCGCGUCCGUCGUCUCUCCGGCAGAAGCGACGCCGAGGAAGACCUCCACGAUCCUUACUCCUUAGAAGGGCGUGGACACAACGUCAGGAGGGUACACUCGGGGCGCCUCAUGAGGAUCGACCCGUAAAAAGAAAGAAAGAAAAAAAAGGAAAGGAAAAAUGGACGGCGAAGAUCUGAGAAAAAAAUCAAAAGGGGAUUUAUUCUUGCGUGAAAAAAGAAGAAGAAGAAGAAAAAAAAAAGAAAAUGGAUGACAAAUAUAAAUAAAAAUCAAGCACUGGAUUUAUUCUUGCGUGAAAGGAUGAUUAUGUCUUCUUCGGCAUUUUCUAUUUUCUUUUUCUCUCUCUCUUGGAAGGAGAUAGAAACAGGGGAUGGUAUUUAUAAGGGCUUUGGAUAAUAAACGUGACACAUGUUGAAUAGAAAGUUAUCAGACAUUUUGAAAGAAAUAUGUUGUCAGUAUCGCAUUUGUAUAAUAAAAUGA